AUGGGACAGUUGCUUCCAAAUUCAAACGAAGAAUUACGUACAACGAACGAGGAUGCUGAAAUCAGUGAUUUGCAGUUAAUAUAUCACGUUAGAGAUGCCCUUCUUGAAGUCACGGAUGGUAGAGAGAACUAUGAAGAGCUUGUUGGGUGUUUGCAGCCUAAAAGGAAUCUUAAUUCUCAUGAAGCUGCUCAACUUGUGACAAUUUUGAAAGCCCUUGCUGGAGUAGUGUCCUACAUAGACUCUGUCCAUCAUGGAACUCUUAUUUUUGCUCUUGAGAUAAUGAGCUUGUGGAAUUUGGCUACAACGUAUAAGAAUUAUGAUGCGACUGAUAUCAUGGAUGCUUUCUAUCGGAAGCAGGCUCUAAAGUUCCUUCGCGUGUGCUUAUCAUCUCAGCUCAAUUUACCUGGAACUGUUACUGAUGAGGGAACCACAUCCAAACAGCUGUCCACAUUGUUGGCUUCUACGGUUGAUCAUUCAUCACGCAGGUCUGAGUCAAUUGAUGUAAAGGCUGACUUAGGAGUUAAGACAAAGACUCAACUUAUGGCUGAGAAAUCUGUUUUCAAGAUUCUUUUAAUGACUAUCAUUGCUGCUAAUGGUGAACCAGAUCUCACAGAUUCUGCAGAUGAUUUUGUUGUCAAUAUAUGUCGCCAUUUUGCGAUGAUAUUUCAUGUUGAUUCUUCAUUUAGCAACGUGUCUGCAGCUGCAAUGGGUUCAUCGUUAUCUGUGCAUGUUGGUUAUAGGAUAAAAUCUAGUGUUCCUUCAAAUCUGAAGGAGCUGGAUCCUUUGGUAUUCUUGGAUGCUUUAGUUGAUAUACUGGCAGAUGAAAACAGGCUCCAUGCCAAAGCUGCUCUUGAUGCUUUGAAUGUGUUUUCCGAAACACUUGUAUUUCUUGCUCGUUCAAAACAUACUGAUUUCAUAAUGUCCAGAGGGCCUGGCACACCUAUGAUUGUCUCUAGUCGAUCAAUGAAUCCCGUGUAUUCUCCUCCCCCUAGUGUCCGUGUUCCUGUGUUUGAGCAAUUAUUGCCCCGUCUUCUUCAUUUUUGCUAUGGACUUAAAUGGCAAGCACAAAUAGGUGGUGUCAUGGGACUUGGUGCCUUGGUUGGAAAGGUCACUGUUGAGACCCUCUGCCUUUUUCAAGUAAGAAUUGUGCGAGGUCUAACAUAUGUCCUUAAAAAGCUUCCAAUUUAUGCUAGCAAAGAGCAGGAAGAGACAAGUCAAGUGCUCACUCAGGUUCUUCGAGUAGUGAAUAAUGCCAAUGUUGCUACUUUGGAAACAUAA